AGCGCGGGAGGACGACCAUGCCGCUGCUGCCGGGCCUACUCCUGCUGCUGCUCUUCCUGGCUGGUCCCCUGCCUGGCGGCGCGCAAGAGCCGGAGGCGGCCUGCGGCCCGGACGGCUGCUACGCCGUCUACUUCCAGCGCCGGAGCUUCCUGGACGCCUGGCGCAGCUGCCGGGAGCUGGGCGGCAACCUGGCCACGGUCAAGCACCACGACGAGGCGGCCCAGGUGGCCGAGCUGCUGCGGGGCACGGCAGGGUCGCGGCCCGAGCAGAGCCCGCGCCUCUUCUGGAUCGGCCUGCAGCGCCAGCCGCGCCAGUGCUUUCCCCUGCGGCCGCUGCGGGGCUUCAUGUGGAUCACGGGCGAGCAGGACACCUUCUACACCAACUGGGCCCGGCCGGCCGUCGAGGCGGGCGGCGGGAGCUGCGCCGCUCCGCGCUGCGUGGUGCUGGACGACCAGCAGGGCCAGUGGCUGGAGGGCUCGUGCACCGUGCCAGUCGACGGCUACCUCUGCCGCUUCGCCUUCCAGGGCAUGUGCCCGGGCCUGGACGAGGAAGGCGGGCCGGUGGCCUACACCACCCCCUUCGGCCCGGCCGGCCGCAGCCUGCGUUAUGUGCCCUUUGGCACGGUGGCGGCUGUGACGUGCGGCGGGGCCGUGCCAGCCGUCUCGGUGCUGUGCCUGCAGAAGGACGACGGCACGGUGGGCUGGUCCAAGGAGGCGCCCCUCUGCCGGGAGCACGGCUACCAGCACAGCUGGUGCGAGGGCGACAACGGCGGCUGCCAGCAGCUGUGCCUCGACGAAGGGCCCGGCUACUCGUGCGAGUGCCACAGCGGCUACCUCCUGAUGCCCGACGGGCAUUCCUGCGCGCCCAGCGACGCCUGCCGCGACCAGCCGUGCCAGUUCGAGUGCCUGCCCGACGAGGAGGGCGGCUACCACUGCCAGUGCCCCGAGGGCUACGAGCUGAGCAGCGACGACCACCACUGCGAGGACCUGGACGAGUGCGCCGACGCGCCCUGCGAGCACCAGUGCGAGAACACCGACGGCUCCUACCUCUGCCGCUGCCACCUGGGCUUCAGCCCGUCUGAGGACGAGCCGGGGCACUGCACUGACACCGACGAGUGCCAGAUCCCCGGCGUGUGCCAGCAGAUGUGCGUCAACUACGUGGGGGGCUUCGAGUGCUAUUGCACCGAAGGCUACGACCUGGAGCCCGACGGCAUCAGCUGCAGCCCCGUGGGCCACCCGCCCCUUCUGGCCACCGCCCAGAGCCACCGGGGAGGCGACGGCUUCCUCCAGCACUUCGGGGACCGCCACGGGUGGCCCCGGGAGAUCGACGACCUGGCGGAGCACGGCUUGGCUCUCACGGACCAUUUCCCAGUCUUCCCGGACUUCGAGGGGGUCUUUCCCAGGGACGCCUCUCUGCCUCCCCCCGAGCCCAGCACUGCCCCCUGGGCCUCCAGUUCCCUCCCCCUGGGGCAAGAGCCUGCCAGCCUCCCCGACCGCAGCAGCCCCGCUUCUUCCCCACCUCGCUCCCCCCAUCCUACCAAAAGGGUCGCCCGGCAAGACUCCCCCAGUGACCCUCCCCCGACGGAGCUCCCGUCUCUGUGGCUGGCCCCCACCGCCUCUGCCCCCGGGCCCCCUCCGGCUCCGGGCGACGCUGUCAUGGGGGGAGUCAGAGCGCUGCUCCCGGCCUCCGCCGCCCCCAGCCCGGCCCCGGGCGAAGGGGGGCUGCCGCGCCGUCGGCGAGACGACCGCUGGCUGCUGGUGGCCCUGCUGGUGCCCAUGUGCGUCUUCUUGGUCAUCAUGCUGGCCCUGGGCAUCGUCUACUGCACCCGCUGCGGGGCUCAAGCCAAGAGCCGGAGCAUCACGCAGUGUUACCGCUGGGUCAGCAGCAGCGGCGGCAGCUCGGCGGCCAAGGGGGCCGCCUCACCUGCCUCCAGGCCCGGCCAGCCGGCCACUUGCCGAACCAGCGUCUGAGCCGCCGCCUGGGCAGGCUCAGCUGGCGCCUGGAGACAGAGCCCACCCAACAGACUUCGUU